AAUAAUACGAAAAGUAUUAAAUACUUAAAAAAAGUAGUCAACAAAAUUAUUUUAUUGUUAAUUUCUGAUUUUCCGUCGAACUUCCAUUGUUUCCUCUUAUGAGAAGCGCCGGAGAUCGGAGUGUCGUUUUCCGGGCACAUUCUCUCUCUACAUUAUAGAAUUGUCAAAUCUUGGAAAUAAAGGAGGAAAGAAAUGGGUGUGAAGCAAGCAUUAAGAGCUAUUGAUGCAUUUCCGCGAGCUGAAGAACAUUUGUUGCUGAAAACCAAGUUUGGCGCCUUUGUUUCCAUUGUGGGGCUGCUAAUUAUGGUAACAUUGUUCUUGCAUGAACUUAGUUACUAUCUUAAUAUAUAUACUGUUCAUCAGAUGUCUGUUGACUCGAGACGUGGAGAAAAUCUUCCCAUUCACAUAAAUAUGACAUUUCCCUCUCUACCUUGUGAUGUUCUUAGUGUGGAUGCUAUUGAUAUGUCGGGGAAGCAUGAAGUAGAUCUUGAUACAAACAUAUGGAAGCUUCGCUUGAACAGUGAUGGCCAUAUCACUGGCACUGAGUAUUUGUCAGACCUUGUUGAGAAGGAACGUGAAGCUCAUAAACAUGAUGUGCACAAAGAACAUCAUGAAGAUUCAGACAAGAUCCAUCUACAGGGCAUUGAUGAAGAAUCUCAGAAUAUGAUCAAGAAGGUUAAGCAAGCAUUGGCUGAUGGGGAAGGAUGCAGGGUGUAUGGAGUAUUAGAUGUCCAGCGGGUUGCUGGGAAUUUCCAUUUAUCCGUUCAUGGGUUGAACAUUUUUGUUGCUCAAAUGAUUUUUGAAAAGUCUACUCAUGUCAAUGUAAGCCAUAUCAUCCAUGAUUUAUCAUUUGGGCCCAAAUAUCCAGGUAUUCACAACCCGCUAGAUGGAACAUCACGAAUUCUGCGUGGAACAAGUGGCACAUUCAAAUAUUACAUUAAG